CCUCCCACGGUUGAACAAUUCCUUGUCCUGUUCCUCCCCAAAUCAAUGCUCGGUCCUCGGUCUCCUCCUUCUUAAAUUUAAAGCAAGCCCCGCUAUGCUACUCUUUAUAUCUACCUCUCACCCUCCACGCUGUUCAAGUUUCCUCCAAGAACAAGGCAGCGGCAGCAACAACCGCCAUGGCUGUGGGAGGAGCGGACAGUACAGGCUCAACCCCAUACCGCUCGUUGCAAGACACCCCCACCUGGGCUCUGGCAACCGUUUGCUUCUUCUUCAUCUUCACCGGCAUAUUCAUUGAGUACCUGAUCCACCUCCUUAGCCAAUGGCUGAAAAAAAGUAGAAAGACUGCCUUGUACGAGGCGUUGGAGAAGCUCAAAUCAGUGCUUAUGGUGCUGGGGUUCAUGUCACUCAUUUUGACAGUAACUCAAAGAUCCAUCAUCAAAAUCUGCAUACCGGACAAGGUUGCAAACAGGAUGCUACCAUGCCGUCAAACCAUAAUCAAAACCACCAAAGCAACACAAGAGAGGAUCUUGGCAGCUGAAUCCGGCUCGGAUUAUUGUGGCUCAAGGGGAAUGGCAUCUCUUAUAUCAGAAAGCGGGGUCAAUCAGCUCAAUAUAUUCAUCUUUGUGAUGGCAAUCAUGCAAAUAGUCUACACCGUUCUUACUAUGGCCUUAGGAAGGGCAAAGGUAACAUGAUUAACAUUACUGUAUUGUAAUAACAUCGCAUUCAUACUCUCUCAGACUUUAAAUGAAACCUGAUAAUUCUUGCAUUAGAUCAGUUACUACGACAUAAGUACUUUUUUCUCGUUAUAUGAUAUAUAAAAAUCUCCUCUCUUGUAUUAAAAAUUAAUUUGAAAAGAUAUUAAUUCACGG